CGCGUCGAGCCGGAAGUGACGCAGGACGGAAGACGGUUGACGCUGUGGCGGAGGCCGCGGCGCGGGGAUGAACAGCCGGCUGCAGGAGAUCCGGGAGCGGCAGAAGCUCCGGCGGCAGCUCCUGGCGCAGCAGUUAGGAGCUGAAAGUGCGGACAGUAUCGGUGCCGUGCUGAACAGUAAAGAUGACCAGCGGGAGAUCGCUGAAACAAGAGAGACGUGCAGGGCUGCUUAUGAUACUUCUGCACCAAAUGCGAAACGCAAAUACCCGGAUGAGGGAGAAGCUGAUGAAGAAGAGAUUGAAGAAUAUAAGGAUGAAGUAGAGCUGCAGCAAGAUGAAGAGAACCUGCCCUAUGAAGAAGAGAUUUACAAAGAUUCCAGUACAUUUCUUAAGGGUACUCAGAGUUUAAACCCACACAAUGAUUACUGCCAGCACUUUGUGGAUACAGGACACAGACCCCAGAACUUCAUCAGAGAUGUUGGCUUAGCAGAUAGGUUUGAAGAAUACCCAAAACUUAGAGAGCUCAUCAGAUUGAAGGAUGAGCUGAUAUCUAAAUCUAACACUCCUCCCAUGUACUUACAAGCAGAUUUGGAAGCUUUUGAUAUUAGGGAACUGAAGUCCAAAUUUGAUGUGAUUCUCCUGGAACCACCACUGGAAGAAUACUACCGAGAGACUGGCAUUACUGCUAAUGAAAAAUGCUGGACCUGGGAUGAUAUAAUGAAAUUGGAAAUUGAAGAAAUCGCAGCCCCGAGGUCAUUUGUGUUUCUGUGGUGCGGUUCAGGCGAGGGUCUGGAUCUCGGUCGAGUGUGUCUACGCAAAUGGGGCUACAGGAGAUGUGAGGACAUUUGCUGGAUUAAAACGAAUAAGAACAAUCCUGGAAAGACCAAGACUCUAGACCCUAAGGCUGUUUUCCAAAGAACCAAGGAGCACUGCCUCAUGGGCAUUAAGGGAACCGUGCGUCGCAGUACAGACGGUGACUUCAUCCAUGCUAAUGUUGAUAUUGACCUCAUCAUCACAGAAGAGCCUGAAAUUGGCAAUAUAGAAAAACCCGUAGAGAUUUUUCACAUCAUUGAGCAUUUCUGCCUUGGACGGCGACGUCUUCAUCUUUUUGGAAGGGACAGUACGAUUAGACCAGGUUGGCUGACUGUAGGACCCACCCUCACAAACAGCAAUUUCAAUGCAGAAACGUAUUCUUCAUACUUCACCGCUCCAAAUUCCCACCUGACGGGCUGUACUGAAGAGAUUGAGAGGCUUCGUCCCAAGUCACCACCACCCAAGUCCAAGUCUGACCGGGGAGGUGGUGCUCCAAGGGGAGGAGGAAGAGGAGGGACUUCAGCAGGCCGAGGAGAAAGGGGUAGAGAGAGGAACAGAACUAACUUCAGGGGUGAGAGGGGUGGCUUCAGAGGGGGACGGGGAGGUACCCACAGAGGAGGCUUUCCUGCCCGCUGAUCACUGUUAGGUAAUUGCUUCUUCCCCCAGUCCUGUGCCUCAUCUCUGAACCUUUUUCUUGAUCAUGUUUUUGCUAAAGUGAAUUAUUCUGGUGACUCUUAGAAUUGGUUUUGGUGCAAGCAGUUACAGUUAGUCUGCCUUCCAGUGACCGGCCUGGUGCGUCACCUCACCUACCUCCUGCAUCCUGUAGCAAGAGUGCUACACUCAGCCUCCUGGCAGCUUCUAGUGUCAGAGCAAAGCACACCAUGUCUUCAAAUCACAGCUAGGACUGCGGUGAAGAUACUUGCUUUUUCCUUCUGAAAUGUGCAAAGUGUAGGCUGUUUUAACUGGUGUUUUCUCCAAAACAUGGAUUCCUUUUCCUUCUCUGAGAGUGCAGGUUUGGACUGACUUGAAUGAAUAUGGUGGAGAGGGCAUGAAAUGCGGUUCUGAAUUGCAUGGCCAUACCAGACUUGCUCUCUUACUCAUGGAAGAAAAAGUGCUGUGUCUAUACUGACACUUGUUUUAACUUCUUUGAAACCAAGGAGCAAAUGAAAUAAAUAGAAUUCUAUUUUUUCCUGCUUGGUUUAAAUAUCCCAGAUUAUUGCUGGGAAUAGGGAACAUGUUUAUUUUUCAUUUGUGGUGUAUAUGCACUCAGUUCUCACAUCUGUCAUGGGGAGAGUGGUAAUUCUAUGCAGUCAUGUGUUGUGCUUCAUGAAAAACAGGAAGCUGUGCAUUUAUGUGUAGUCCAGAACUACACAUCGGUCUGGGUUGCUGCUCAAGCAGGGAUCUUCACCAAGCAUCUGUUCAUCAUAGCCUUGUCCUUUGGUAGUCUAUUGCCAAGCAAUUGCAAUGCAAGUAGUAGAAAGACCUGGCUGGAGGUGUAUUGGAAAUGUGAGGCUGUGCUGCAAGAGCGAGCACUUCCGAAGACAGAUCCCCUGGGUAAGGAGAGCACAAUAAUCCAGCUGAGUGUUGUGCUUUGCCUGUGGACCCUCCAUGCACUGAAGUAGACUGUUGGUGAUCAGCUCCAGAGUACAGUGCAAAAAGAAAGGGAUUCACUUGGGUAUGUACAAUGAACUUGUCAGUACUUCACAGACUGAACAAACCUGGCUGCUGAAGUCUCAAAUGUUUAGGUGUGGAUGUUUGAAAACUGUCUUUUAAGUCUCAAUGAUGUUUCUCUGUUGAAGCCUAGCAGCUUUUAAAUAACUGUCCUGUAAAGCAGUAGGUUAUUAAACUUGUUUAUCAAAACUAA